AUGGGUGAUGACGACUCAUCUACUAUAUAUUCCGCGGAACUGCGGGUUAUAGAGAUAGCUCUGGAAACGGUCCUUGGUGGCAAUGAGCCAAAUCCCACACGGGCAAAGAACGGCCUAGUCAUCUUCACGGAUAGCCAAGCGGCGCUAAAGGCGCUCCGACGACCGCGCAUGCCCUCAGGUCGGGUUUAUCUCGCGGGAUGCCAGGACCUCAUCCGCCAAUUGGCCAACAAGGGCAUAGAUUCCGCUCACCAAGGUGUGGUGGGCAACGAGAUCGUGGAUAGACACGCCAAAGCAGCUGCACAGGGGCCCGAAGAACCGCUAAACUCUCGCAACCGAUACAUCUGCCUCGCAGCUGCAGUCAAACGGCGGUUGCGCCGAGAGGCGAAAGUCGAGUGGGAGAGAGCAUGGACGGUAGAAAAGACCAGUCGGCCAACCAGGCGACUGAUCGAAGUACCAACAAAGAAAACACUCGGAUACUGGUCCAGGCUUCGCAAAGCAACCACGUCAAUCCUGAUGAAGCUACGCACGGGGCGGGUCGGACUAAGCGCCUAUCUCACCCGCAUCAACCGACGAGAGACGGCCCGGUGUGAAUGCGAACUAGGCAAAACCACAGUGGCUCAUGUCCUACUGGAGUGCCCGCUCCACCAAGAGGAGCGGGACUGGAUGCGGCGCGCCCUAUCGGCACAGGGGAUUAUCGUUCGUCGCAAUGAACUUCUGACGCGCCCAGAAGCGCGCAAUAUCGUGGCCGAUUUCAUGGUCAAACAGGGAUUUUGA